GUUCGAUCAUGGCGCUGAAUUUAGUUGUAGUUCUUCUUUUAAACUUUUUUACCUAUUUAGUAGACGCAAAUCUAACUGAAGAUCAAAAUAUUACGCAAGUUAAAACAGCCCAAUACGAUGAACUUUACACCGACGCGACRUAUGCUUACAACUUGAAAGACUAUUGUAAGUCAAUGAAAAAAUUUGAACAGGCAAUCGCAGACUACAAACAUCAAAAGAAUGUGAAGCUACAUUGCCGUGAGAAGUGCUACAAGAAGUUUCAAGAGUCGCUAGGUCAGCGACAUGUUCAGUUUCUUCUGGCAGACAUAGAAUUGGAGUAUUUUCGACUUACAAUUUACUCUCGACGAUGCACGCAAAGAUGCGCACACAAGUACCUCGGUCAAAGAUCUCAAGUUUCUAAACGAAUUGAGAGCGAGUUUGAAACUAAAAGGCUUUAUCAGUUCCUGCAUUUUGCCUAUUAUAAGUGUGGUAAAGUUAUCAAAGGAGCCCAGGCAGCGUACACCUACCUCGAGAACUUCCCUGAUGACCAAUUCAUGCUUGACAACAUGAAAUUCUACAAAUCGCUUGCUCUCCUCACAGAUGACCUAAUCUUCUCCUUGGAGCCUGUACCACAUAUUCUUGCCUACUUCAAGGCAGUCAAACACUAUGAGGGAAACGAAUGGGAAGAAGCCGUCAGUGCUUUUGAGGAAACUCUCAAAGAGUAUUACAAGGCAUAUGAAGAAUGUAGAUACUCGUGUGAGGAAAAGAGGGAGAAGAAUAUGUUYCUCGGCAGAGCUGGUCUUUUUGAUGCAUAUGUUGAUGUUUUAMGAUGCAGGUCAGAGUGUCCCAACAAACUUGCAACAAUGCACAAAAAUGUUGUCCCUAAGUAUUUACCGCGKCACUACAACUAUCUACAGAUGGCAUACUGGCAAGUGGGUAAAGUCAAAGAGGCUUCAGAGUGUGCAUCUUCAUACCUUCUUCUUGAUCCUGAUGAUGCUAGUAUGGUUGACAAUUUAAAGAUAUUCAGACAUUAUGGAAACUUUAGUGGGAAAGAUAUUCAUGCCAGAGAGGAUGCCAUACUUUAUCAUCGCUCAAUAAAUCUUGCGAGCAGAUUGCUACACAUGGCUGAAAUGUACACCAGUGACUCWGAUAUGAAUGAUGAGUGGUUUGAAGACCCGGACGAUUUAUUGAAACAACAGGAUGAAACAGAAGAAACAGGAGAGGAUCUUGUUGAAGGAGAGGAGCUGGAUUUUUCUGCYAUCAAGAUGGCUGGGCUUGGUCCUUUGAAAGAUCCUUCAGAAAUCAAAGAAAUAGAUGAUGUCCUUAGCAUGGAAAAAUAUAAGGGUGUCAAGGUUACUAUGACUAGUGAACAACUCAAUGGUACCAACAGGUUUGUUGCUGAUGGAUUUCUUGAUGAGGAAGCGUGCAAAACUUUGCAGGAACUUGCCCGGAAGACCGCGACGUUGGGAGACGGUUACCUUGACCGYCGUACAACUGGAGGAAAACCGUUCGCUUUCUCGGAUAAAGAAACGUUUGAAGGAGUCACGCCAAUUGACGCUUCGAAGGCCAUCUUGGCAGGGAAGACAGGAAUUGAACCAGUAGAACUCUACAUGAACGCGAGUGAACGAGCUCGUUCUUUCGUGGAAGAUUAUUUCAUGAUGGAUACWCCUUUGUAUUUCUCGUACACUCACUUGGUUUGUAGAACUGCUCUUGAAGAGGCCAGUCAAGCCAAGAAUCUCGCUCUUAGUCAUCCAAUCCAUGCGGAUAACUGCCUUCUGCACAAUGAUGGACCUGAAACUUGUCCUAAGCGUGCGCCCGCAUUCACGUGGAGGGACUUUAGUGCCCUCCUUUAUUUGAACGAAGAUAUUGAAGGAGGAGAGUUUAUCUUUGCUCACCCUAACGAAACAAUACAGGCUAAAGUGAAGCCACGGUGUGGUCGUUUAGUAGGUUUUUCAGCCGGACUCGAAAACCUUCACGGUGUCCUUGGAGUCAAGAAAGGGCGUCGUUGCGCGGUCGCUCUAUGGUUUACUAUGCAAGAAAAGAAAGACGAACGAGCGAGAUACGAKGCCAUGAAGGUUAUCAAAGAAGCUAGAGCAAAGAUGGUCAGCAAAGAUCAACUGAAACACCAAUUUGCAUUUAGUCACGUGGACUUAUAAAUACCAUAUACGSCAGCUAAUUUAUUAACACCAUAUUUGGGUUUGCUGAUGUAUGAACACCAUAUUUGGUAGCGUAGAUGACGCUGUCUUUUGGCCACAUUUGUGCACAGAYUUUUUGGCCUAAAUCAAACGCAGUAGUAUUAGCCAAUCAGAAACAGCAUUGUAUUGAUAACGUUAGGAUAAAACAACGAUUCUGAYUGGAUGUGAAGAUGUUCCUAUGUAUUUUUUACGGUUUUUAAACUCAAGGACUAGUGCAAGAGGUGGAUGAUUAUUCUUCCACUGAUAGACUAGCUACUUUUAUACGAUAUUAAAUACAAUUUUGUGACGA